AUGAGGCUAACACUGUCCUCAGCCAUGCCAGCAGCAGCGGCCGUCGCUCUGUUGUGUACCCUAAUACUAGCCGCAGUUGCCUCGGCAACCGAGACUCUUCCCUCAGAGCGUCGCUUGGCAGCCAACGGAAGCCCAAUGCUGGUGCUCCUUCGGGGUCUCGGCAACGGCAACAACAAUAACAAGCCCCUCCCAGCCCCGCCCCCAGCCCCUUUGAGUGGCGGCCGCAGGAAGAUGAAGGAGGCGGCGGCCAUGGCCGUGAAACCCAAAGGCCUUGAGACCUUACCCAAGCCCCUGCCUCAGAUCGGCAACCUGACCGACGCCAUGAAGCCCCCGCUGGCCCCCGCCAACGUGGCCCCGCCCGAGAAGCUGGUCAACAUGGACGUGUGCCGCGGCUACUACGACGUGAUGGGCCAGUACGACCUGACCUUCAACUGCUCCAAGGGCACCUUCAUCUACUGCUGCGGCACCUGCCACUACCGCUUCUGCUGCGAGCACUCGCGCAACCGCCUGGACCAGGACUCCUGCACCAACUACAACACGCCGCCCUGGGUCAGCGUGCACGUCUCCACCACGCCGCCGCCCGGCUGGGAUGCCGGCCCGACCUUCGACCCCCUGAGGCCGCAGAGCAACACGGCCUACGUCAUCGGCGGAGUGCUGAGCUUCACGCUGGCUGUGGCCGUGGGCAUCAAGGUGGCCUUCCACAAGAUGUCCCGUCGACCCCACCACCGCGAGAUCAACAUGCCCAGGGCGCUGGUGGACAUCCUGCGGCACCAGUCCAGCCCCGGCCAGCAGGGGGAGCGCAACAACAGCACCAUCCUCACCACGGCCACCAGCGGAGAGGGCAAGCUCGGCCGGCCGCCCAAGAAGCAGCAGCAGCUCUACACGCCGGUGAUGCCCAGCAAGGACAACCGCCUUGGAAACGUCCAACACAAUAUAGGCCUGUCUGCCUCCAGCCCCAAACACACCGCCACUAUUGAGCGUGCCCCACGCAUGAACAACAUCCAGCUGGCCCCCGGGGGUACGCUGCUGUCCAGCAAGCACGUCGUCGCCAUGGGAGGAGGAGGUGGUGGCGGGGGAGGAGGAGGAGGAGGUGGCGGUGUCGGACUUGGAGGAGGAGGAGGUGGGGGAGGAGGCAGGCCGCCGUCGCACUCCUCGCUCUCCCACUCCUUCCACAACCUGGCACAGCUGCCGCCCUCCUACGAGACGGUCAUGAGGCCUGACAUCAGUCGCUACUGCUCACUCAAGAGGCUGGAGAAAGACCUGGAAGACUACAACACCUACAGUAUGUCUAGACGGCGGCCCAACAACGCCCCUCCGUCCUUCCACGCUUCCCAGCACCACCUGCACUGGGGCGGCGACUUCACCCUUGGAGCCCGGGGCACGCUGCCCCUACACUCCUCCCGCUCCCGCGUCCACCUCCCGGCCACGCCCAACCCGUACCCCCUGCCCCCGUCCCAGUCGUCCUACCACCAGGGCAUGGAGCCCAUGUCCCACCCGCCGCGCCGCGUCAUGUCCCAGGACCAGCUCCUGGCGCUGGGGGAGGGCAACACGCUGUCGCGCCUCUCCAAGAACGAGCAGCACCAGUACUACAAAGCCAUGACCACCAGCCGGAGCGCCACGUCGGCCGCCAUCGCCGCCACCCUGCGCCGCUCCCACGAGCGGCUCCUGGUGUCCCCCGACCGUCUGGAGGAGCGGGGAGGCAUGGGCAUGGGGAUGGGGGGCAUGGGGGGGAUGGGGAUGGGGAUGCGGGCGGCCGACUUCGGGAUGCCGACCAUGCCGCGUCUCACCAGCCACCACAAGGCCCAGUCGACGCAGAACGUGUGCGUCACGCCCUCCAUGGACCGCCACCACAUGAUCAAGAUGAACUCCCACCCCACCUCCGGACGAGACAUGGAGCGCAGCCACCCGUCCGCCACGGGCACCAUGGGCUGGGAGAGCGCCCACAGCUCAGGGGGCGGUGGAGGGGGAGGAGGAGGAGGAGGAGGAGGAGGAGGUGGGACUAUGGGGGGUCACAACGCCAGGCGCAUGGCCUUCGCCACCAGGCGUCAGAACACCAUCGAGCAGCUGAACUAUAUCCCCGUAGGAGGCAGCGGGGGCAACGCGGGUCAGUCGCUCAGAACAGGGAGCAAGAACGAAGUCACCGUGUGAGACCCACCGAGAGAGAGGUCAAGCGAGAGGUCAAAGGUCAAAGUGAACGAAGGUUGAUCACUUCAAAACGAAAAACCAACAAGCUGGGCUACGUGUGGCUCAACGCGAGUGGGGAAAACUAAGGCUUAUUCGAACAAAUAAGUACAGAGGGGAGAAUAGAGCGCCGAACUUGUUUGAAGAAUAAGCAAUAGACACUCUUCUGAGAGUGAGAGAGUCAGAGGGGCCUCUCUUUGA